AUGGGUGUUUCAGUGAAAGGUGCUCCUAACUUGGACUAUUUUACACCAGAGCAACCAAUUCUAGGGAAGUUUAUAAAGUACAAAGAAGAUGAAGAUGGAUCAAGUGAGAGAGAUCCCCCAAAGUUGUUCAAGCCCUUGAAGAUUAGGGCACUAGAGAUACCCAAUAGAAUAGGUGUCUCUCCAAUGUGUACUUAUUCCACAAAUAAUUAUAUGCCAACUGAUUUCCAUCUAAUGCAUUACGGCUCUUUAGCAACUAGAGGGCCUGGUAUCAUUAUAGUAGAAUGUUCUGCCGUUUCUGAAGGAACUGCCGUUACAGUAAAUGAUAUGGGAAUAUGGAACAAAGAACAAGCUUCUGAACAUUUUUCUAAAAUUGUUAAGUUUGCACAUUCGCAAAAUGUUAUAGUAGGUUGCCAGCUUGGUCAGUUUAUGAGAAAGGUGGUUCAGAAUGUAGAUGAAGAUAACAAGGCGCACAAUGUGGAGGUUGGGAAAGAAGCGCAUGAUCUUUCCACUGAAGAAAUUAAGACUAUUGUAGAGCAGUGGGGUACCGCAGCUAAAUUAGCAGUUGAAGUAGCAAAGUAUGACUUCAUUGAAAUUCAAGCUGGAAAAGGGCACAUUACUAAUGAGUUCUUCUCAAGACUAACAAAUAAAAGAAAAGAUGAAUAUGGGGGAAGUUUUGAGAAUAGAAUUAGAAUAUUACUAGAAAUAAUAGAUAACGUUAGAAAAAAUAUUCCGGAAGAUACGCCCCUGUUUAUUAGGUUGAAGGCCUGUGAUAACUUAGAUCAUCCUGAUGCUUGGAGCACAGACGAAACCAUAAAAUUAUCAUUUGAACUGGCUAAACAUGGGGUAGAUGUCCUAGAUAUAGCUGGAAGAGGUUUACGAAUCGGUCCCAAGUCCGAAAAAGAAAAUAAGAUUAUAUUUCUGCAACAAUUAAAGGAGGCUCACAAAGGCAAAACUAAUCUUUUAAUUGCUUCAUCUGGUGUGAUAUCCACUGCUGAUUAUGCCUCCGAGCUUUUAGAUAAAGAGGCACAAGAUAUAAUUCUUGUUGGUCGUCCAUUUUUGAAAAAUCCAAAUCUUGUGUCAUUUUGGGCAGAUGACGUGAAUAUUACUGUAACAAAUGCAGUACAGUAUUCAUGGGGAUUUUACCCAACAAAGAGUCACUUAAGUUGA